CUUUAAUCGAGUUGCACCGGGUGUUUCCUGCAAGCUAAUGUUUUAGGCUAGCUAGAUGUAGCCAGCUAGCUAUAGAUAAUCACCACCGUCCGCUGCAGUGCGGUGAACAUUACAAGCUACCGAGGGACAGCGAUACCGCUUCACGGCGUCAUCCAUCCACGGUGACGCCGCUGCCGCCGUCCUUCCGAGUUAUUUCCAGCUUUAGCCGUGUGGAGUUAGCCUGAGUUAGCUCGGCUAGCCCGGCAGCGAAUGGGGUGUCCGAGUUAGCAGUGACUUCACUGCCUGUCUGUAUUUCUUUUUUUUUUUUUUCAUCUGGCAUUUUGGACACGUCAAGGUUUCUCGAAUCUGAAGUCUGAUUUUGGGGGGGUGUGAUGUCGGAACCGAAGAGCCCUACUCCCACCCCUGCUGGCGACACGUACAAAGGAUGGGUCUUCAAGUGGACGAAUUACAUCAAGGGUUAUCAGCGGAGGUGGUUCGUCUUGAGCAACGGCCUGCUGUCGUACUACAGGACCCAGGCCGAGAUGGGUCACACGUGUCGGGGCACGAUCAACCUGGCCACAGCAGUCAUCUCGGUAGACGACGCCUGCAACUUCGUCAUCUCCAACGGCGGCGCGCAGACGUAUCACCUGAAGGCCAGCUCCGAGGUGGAGCGUCAGCGCUGGAUCACCGCCCUGGAGCUGGCCAAAGCCAAGGCGGCCCGCAUGCAAGCUGAGUCAGACGACUCGGGCGACGACUUCCCCUCGUCUCUGUCGGGGGGCGGAGGCCAGGGCGGGGGGGCCCAGAACUCAGAGGUCCAGUCCACUCUCAGGACCCUCGGCAGUAAGGUGGAGGAUCUCAGCACCUGCAACGACCUGAUCUCCAAGCACGGCUCUGCCCUGCAGAGGUCUUUAUCCGAACUGGACAGUCUACGGCUGACCGGAGAGGCCGGGGAUAAGAUUCGCCAGGUGACGGAAAGAGCCACGCUGUUCCGUAUAACCUCCAAUGCCAUGAUUAAUGCCUGCAGGGACUUCCUGUCCCUGGCGCAGACCCACAGCAAGCGGUGGCAGAAAGCCUUGCAAACCGAGCGAGAGCAGAAAGUGCGGCUGGAGGAGGCCUUGGAGCAACUGGCCAAACAGCACAACCACCUGGAGCGAGCGUUCAGAGGAGCCGGGCAGGCUCACGCUAUCGUGGACAAUAAAGGUGCUGCUGGACUAGGAAAAGGUGAGGCGAGCGACGAGGAUGAUGAUAAUGAGUUCUUCGACGCCAUGGAGGACGCCCCUGAGUUUAUAACCGUACCUGCAGACCCUCAGUUCCACAAACGAUCAAGCAGUAACGCGAGCUGUUUGAACAGUGACAUGUGUGCAGACGAUCAAUCGCUCAACGAGGAACCUCUGGCGAUGAACCCGGAUUCGCCGUCUCAGGAGCUGGUGCCGCUGAAAAAGAGGCGAACGCGCAUCCCAGACAAGCCCAAUUACUCGCUGAACCUCUGGAGUAUCAUGAAAAACUGCAUCGGCAAGGAUCUGUCCAAGAUCCCAAUGCCUGUGAACUUCAACGAGCCCAUCUCCAUGCUGCAGCGGCUGUCGGAGGACCUGGAGUAUCACGAGCUGCUGGACAAGGCGGCCAAGUGCCACAGCUCCCUGGAGCAGAUGUGCUACGUGGUGGCCUUCUGCGUGUCCGCCUACUCCACGACGGUGUACCGCACGGGGAAGCCCUUCAACCCCCUGCUGGGAGAGACGUUCGAGCUGGACCGCCGGAGAGAGAGCGGCUACCGCUCCCUGUGUGAGCAGGUGAGUCACCACCCUCCCGCGGCGGCGCAUCAUGUGAUCUCCGACCGCGGCUGGACUCUGAGGCAGGAGAUCACUGUUGCAAGCAAGUUCAGGGGCAAAUACCUGUCCAUCAUGCCCUUAGGCACAAUUCACGCCAUCUUUGAGAAGAGCAACAAUCACUACACAUGGAAGAAGGUUACCACCACAGUGCACAACAUCAUUGUCGGAAAGCUCUGGAUCGAUCAGUCUGGAGAAAUCGAUAUAGUGAACCACACCACAGGGGAUCGCUGCCACUUGAAGUUUGCUCCUUACAGCUAUUUCUCCCGAGACGUUGCCAGAAAGGUGACAGGAGUGGUGAUGGACAAGAACGGAAAGGCCCACUAUGUGCUGUCGGGCACCUGGGAUGAGAAGAUGGAGUUCUCCAGAGUCAUGCAGAGCAGUCGAGGAGGAGAGAACGGCACCGAGGGCAAACAGAAGACCGUUUAUCAAACCCUCAAAGCCAGAGAGUUGUGGAAGAGAAACCCUUUACCCGACGGAGCGGAGUCCCAUGUACUACUUCCCGCCCUGGCUCUGACCCUGAACGAGCCCGAGGAGGGGGUGGCGCCCACCGACAGCCGACGCAGGCCCGACCAGCGCCUGAUGGAGGACGGUCGCUGGGACGAGGCCAACGGCGAAAAGCAGCGGCUGGAGGAGAAGCAGCGCAGUGUCCGGCGGGAGAGGGAGCGGGAGGCCGCGAGCCAGCGCGCCUCGAGCCAGUCGGAAGAAGGUAAGCGGAGCGAGCGUUAGGGCUUCAUUUUGUAUUACCUCUUUGGC